AGCCGCACAUCACCACCAUUCCCCUUUGCCUCUUUCCGGAUCGACACAGUACGGCAAUUAUCUUCUACCUCGAGGAGCACGCCUGAAUUCGCAUGGAAGCGAUUACCUGCUUCUCUUCUUGCGGACCUCACACUCCACUUGUUCACUUCUCCAGGUCGCAGCCGCGAUCUUCCUGUUCCUUGGAGCACCUCACUUCCAGACGCUUCAAUUUGUACGUCAGACACCUCAAUUCCAGAAUUGGACGCCCUAAAAUGGCUGCUCCUCUUCAAGUUUUUGCAUCUUCGACCACUGGUGCUUCCGAGGAGAGAUUGGGGACUUCCACGUCUGGUCUGAUUGGAGCGCAUGAUUUGCUUAUAAUCGGUCCAGGAGUUCUUGGCCGGUUAGUGGCGCAGAAAUGGCGGGAGGAACAUCCGGGAUGUGAAGUUCAUGGGCAGACUGUCACAGUGGAUCACCAUGACGAGUUGAUCCAAUUAGGGAUUCAACCCUCUUUGAAGGGAGGCGAUGCGGCUCGUCGUUUUCCUUAUGUGAUUUUCUGCGCUCCUCCCUCCCGAACAGCGGACUAUCCCGGUGAAGUCAGACUGGCUACAUCAAGUUGGAAUGGUGAGGGUUCCUUUCUUUUUACUUCAAGUUCCGCACCAUAUGAUUGCAAUGACAAUGGACCAUGUGAUGAGGACAGUCCAGUCGUACCAAUCGGGAGGAGCCCUAGGACCGAUGUCCUCCUGAAAUCAGAAAAGGUAGUAAUCGAGGUUGGUGGUUGCGUUCUUCGAUUGGCUGGACUCUACAAAGCAGAUAGAGGGGCACAUUCUUAUUGGUUAGAGAAGGGGACAGUUGAUCUGCGUCCUGAUCAUAUCCUGAAUCUUAUUCAUUAUGAGGAUGCUGCUUCUCUCUCCGUGGCUAUUCUUAAGAAAAAACUUCGUGGACGGAUUUUCUUAGGUUGUGAUAAUCAUCCUUUGUCCAGGCAAGAAAUCAUGGACCUGAUGAUGAAGAGUGGGAAGUUCAGUAAAAAGUUCGAAGGCUUUACUGGAACCAAGGAUCCUUUAGGAAAGAGAUUGAACAACUCGAAGACUCGAGCAGAAAUAGGCUGGGAGCCAAAGUACCCGAGUUUUGGUCAGUUCCUUGAAACCAUUUAAAUCAAAUGCUGCUUCUGCUUGUGCCUCGAUUGACAGGUGAGUUACAAAAAACUAGCUUUAAGAAUUCAAUAGAUCUGGUUUUGGAAGUCAACACAUCCUUGAGCUUUUGCAUUUUUUUGAUCUCUGUUAUUUUGUUUCGAAUUGGAAAAUGGAUCGGUACAUUCGUAAAUUCGAGUCGAUUGAAGCAUAUCACGACUGUGUUUAAACAUUUGAGUAGUGAAUACAGAGUAUUUGUAGAGAAUUGAUCAUUGAACAACAUACUUUCUGGUGGAUAAAGCUCAAAGUGAAGGUCUUUUGUUA